UUGGAGCAAAAAACAACAAAAACCAAGACUUCGAGUAACUCCAGUCAAACACCGAAAAAUGAGCAGAAAAAGGUAGAUCGUUGGAAGCGUCGCGGUCAAGCGAUGCGUGUUAAAAAAAAUUGAAAAUGAAACACGCAGCGCGUGACCGCAACGCGUCUAGUUUUCAUUUCGACAAUUUCUCGCUUAUUUUUUCCAGGAAACAUCAAAAGAACCAGAAAAGAUUCCCGAAAAAGUUGCAGACAAAAGUUUGUGCGUUGAAAAAACGCAGGCAGAUUCGGUGCCCAAAAAAUUGAUGAUUUUGAAAUUGGAAAAUGGGCGGAGCUUGAAAAAAACAUUGGAUGAUGUGGAUGGAAAUCUCAUAAAUGCACCGUAUCCAAUUGCUGGAGAAAAAACUGCCGAUGAUUUUGAUGAUUAUUUGAAUAAUUUGGGAAGUUCAAAGAAAUAA